GACAACCUUGCGCGCGCGCUCAGUCAGCGUCCGAACGCCGGAGCGAACACACGUACUAGCCGGUACCGCGAGUGAUACGCCACGCGACCCGCAUGUGCUUUAGUGAUCCUUUAGUGCUCUGAAGUGGAUACUCGAAACGGAACCGCUGGGCCGAUCGGCCCGGGCGGUAUGGAAUCACCGCAAAUGUACGACGCGGCCGGCGCACCGCCGCCACCGCCGCAACCAGACCUCAAGAAGACCAACGACGACAAACGUACCAACUACCAACCACCAGACUUAGACCCCCGGCACCUAGACUCCGAUCUCAAUGAACAGGAAAUCAGUUUGGACCUACAACACCUCAUCGAGGACCAGUUCCGCGGAGAGGAAACGAUGGCCCUCUUCCAGGAAAUCCUUCCGGGAGGACGAUCACCCCAACAGAGGCCCUUCGCUCGCACUACCUUAGCAUAUAUGCCGCAGCCGGUGCAUUCCGGUGCGUCAUACGCUGCCCCAGUUCAACCUAAUUCACACGAACAAGCACCGCCAAUUAAGGAGGAACCUCCGGAACCACACGAUUUCAGAAGAUCUGUUACUUGUGCCCAGUAUACCGGACAGUACAAUCCUCAGCCGCCAGUAGGUGUAAGCGGACCGUAUGGGGGUGGAUUUACCCCAUUACCUCCCCUAGGUGCUCCGCUUCUACCACCCUUGUUAAAGCACAAACCGCCACCCCCAAGACGCUCGUCUGGUAAAGGGUUAGAUAAAGGUACUGAUGAGUACAGAAGGCGAAGGGAACGCAAUAAUAUAGCAGUGCGAAAAUCACGCGAAAAGGCCAAAGUGCGUUCAAGAGAGGUGGAAGAAAAAGUUAAAACCCUAUUGAGGGAAAAGGACGCUCUGUUGAAGAGGCUAGAAGCCGUCACAGGGGAGUUAAGUUUGCACAAACAAAUGUACGUUCAUCUGAUAAAUCUGAAUCACCCAGAGAUCACGGAACUCUGCAGGUCGAUGCUGCAGCUAGGAGCGCCGCAUGCGCCGGAUCAUACGCUCUGACCAUAGAUUAAAGAAAUUCAGAGAAGCUCCGUGACACGACGUUAUUAGGUUUUAGUUAGCAAAUUUAUUUUGUGAUUAACUUUGUCUGCAUUUUAUGAAUGUGACGUUCCAUUUUGAACUUAAAGCUUAUCCUAUCUAUAUACAUUAAAUACUUUUUAUACAAUAUUUUCAUAAAAUGCAGAGAAUCGGUCAUACACGAUAAGGAUCUCAAAUAUCAAGUAUCACCGAUUUAAGUAUAUAAUAUCUAACAUAAGAAAUAUAUAAACGACAAUAAUUACUAUUGAACUUGAAAGAUUUAACUUUUUUACCUGUAUUGUAACUGCCAAAUUAUGACAAUAUACUCUGUUUUGUAACUGCCAAAUUAUGACAAUAUACAUUUGUCGAUCCAAUUUAUUAUACGCAUAAAAUUUCAUAAUUUUUUUUAUAGAAAUGAGCACAACAGAUCACUGCCAUUAGAGUCUCACAAACCUUAAACAUAAUUUCAUUAAAUCAGUCUUUUACAUUAAGACUGUCAUAUCAUUAAAUCAGUCUUUUAAGUGAAGACUGUCAAAAACUAGAUGCCGCUAGCGUCGCUCAAACAUUGGUACAUUUCUGUAAAUUAGUUAUUUAGAAUAAUUGUAAUUUUUAUGUAAAUUGGUUGUAUAUAAUUUGUCUUUGUUAUUAAAAUCCUAAUUACGAUACGUCGUCAAUUUUAUACGUGAAGGCUUACUUAGGACUGACAUUGUAUCGAUGAUUUUGAAAUUUUCACGUGACUUAAUGUAAAUAUACUAUAAGAGUAAUUGGGGUAAGAUAUUUUGUUGUUUACUAAAAUGUUUAUUCCUAAAGAGUACCUUUAAAAUGUCGUUUAAUUAGUGUAGGUUAAUAAAAACACGAUCUGGGCACUCCCGGAUGAUAAGUACAAGACAUUGUUUUAUACAAGCGUUGACAUAACACAGAUCAUAGUUUAUUUUCUAUUACAAAUUUACAUGUAAUCUGUUUUUGAUUGUAUUUAUCUAUGUACUUCAACAUCAACGCUAUAUUUCACGGGUUAGGCACAUAAUACAUAAGGUAGAGGCUGCUAUUAUAUACAUUGAUUUAAUACCAAUAAGGUGAAAAUAAUAUAAGCGAUGGUGAUUUAUAAACGGGUUUUGAAAUAAAUGGUUACCAUACUGAUCCAAUAAAUAUUAGAAUAGACAUUUCUACACUAUUUUCAAACGGUGUUUUUACCCCACGCACUAAUAGUGCUUUGAACAAUUAGUGUGCAAAUGACACUACUUAUACAUAAUAGUUGUAAAAGAAAUCCGUCCCGAGUUAUAUAUUCUAAUUCAUUGUAAAAAUAUAGUAAGAGGAUUUUUAAGAAUAUAUUUUCACUACUUAAGUACGUAUAGAUUUUUAUAAACGAUCGUGUUUUUAUUUUUAAUGAAUAUUUUGGUACGCUGUGUGAGAAGGCCUGAAAGAAACAAAGUUUCUCCCUUUGCAUUUUCCGUGCGUCAUUAUCUGUGGGAACCAUAUGAUACCUUUGACAGGUUGAAUGUAGUCUGUGGUUUAAAUCAAUUUUAUUUAUGUUAUUUAAUUACACAGAUAAAGACGCAAUUUGUUAUUUUUAUUCUAUCUUUUAUCGAAAUGGUGCUACGUUUGAUUAUUUUUCUUUUCUCAGAGCCAAAGACAUGUUUUUUUCAAUCUUGUUCUGUUUUGUAUAUUUUUGCUUGAAAUCUUUUUUCUAAGAAAUGUUUACGGCCUUGAUAAUAAUUGCGAUUGAUGUUAUAGGUGCAAUUAAAAUAAAUUUAUUUAAUAUA